AUGCCUUGUAUUCAAGUUAUGAUCGUGGUUGGAGGCGGCGAGACGUGUUUCGGGAUCUCCCAUUGCGGCAGCCAACAAGAAGAGCAGAAUGGACGAAUAAAACUACGUCAACCAUCUGAGCGCAUCGGGCUUGUUAUCCCAGAAACUGGACAUUAUGUUGACUUAUCAUGGGGUAUUGUCCAAGUGAAGCAGAAUACGAACCAACGCAUUACCUUCAUCGUCCGUCCACUUUGCCUGGGCUCCACAUGGAAUCAUCGCCGGCUGCAGCGGAGUGUUGUCUUCUCCUUCAUCGGAUCUCGUAUUGUCACUACGAACCAAUCUCAUCUUCCGCAGAUCCUCAUCCAAGUCCCCCCAGUUCCACCAAUUGGUGAACACUGCACGGCGAUCUUGGGAAAGGGCCAGGUCGUACUUUUCACCCGCUAUGGACCGUCUCUGUUCAGCCACCGACGUAUUAUAGCCGCGAAAGAUCCUAUUUCAACUGCUAGCGGCCAGAUAGGCCAAACCCUCAUACCCAGGUGGGAUCGUCGCGAAUGGGACCUCGGGCUUCUAGUCGUCAGAGUUUGGCCGCUAAGUUCUCGUGCAUUGAGUCAGGACGGCGAGGGGGUCUCCAAGGGGGUGUGCAACACGGUCAUGACCUUGGGCCUUCACGAGGACAUGGUUUGCCGCGUUGCGUUUGGUGAUGAGCAUUUGUGA